GCAUAGCAUACCAAACGAUUGCAAAUAAGUUUCGAUAGUUAAACAAUAAUUGGUACUACAACAACUUCAACAAUUGUAGCAGUAGCAACAACAACUACUUCUUCUACUGCUACUUCUACUGCUGCUGCUACUUUUACUACUACUGCAACUACAACCGUAGAUUUAGAAUUAUCAUUCUUAACAACAACAAACACAACAGCAAUAUCGUCAAUUCUUUACUUGUUGGCAAUUUCAAUUAAUACACGCAAAGGCUAACACCAAAUCAAAAAGUAUCAAAAUUUGAAAAUGACGUCAUCGUCAAACUCUUUCCUCCUAAUUAUCAUCUUCUUUAUUUCGACCAUCAUCAUAUCAUCAUCAUUGGCGUCUCCUGCUGAUGAUACGAAAGGAAAGCACAGUACUCACUGGAAUUAUGAAGAUCAAGAGGCCUGGUCAACGGGUUAUCAGUCAUGCUCCGGAAACCGACAAUCGCCGAUCGAUAUCUCGCUGAGGGAUGUGCAGUUCGACGAGCAGCUGCCGAAUAUCGAGUUCGUCGGUGACUUCAGCAGCGAUGCUACAAUCGUCAAUAACGGCCAUACAGUGAACAUCAUCCUUAAAAAUCCGGUUCGUUUGGUUGGCGGAGGAUUGGAUGGGGAUUUCCGAGUGGCAGGGGUCCACUUCCACUGGGGGGUGGACAGGUUCAGUGGGUCGGAACAUACCUUCAAUAAUACGAGACUCCCAUUAGAGAUGCACAUAGUGACGUAUAAAGAGUCCGGAUACUUGGAUUUCAGCGAGGCAGCCCAAGGAAUCAAUUCUCUGGCCGUCUAUGGAGUCCUUUUUAGGCAAGUGAGCGAGAACAACAUCUAUUUAAAUCCAUUGGUGAAUGUGUUGAAACAGGCCAGCUACUCAAGCAAGCCAAUUUUGACGAAGGGCCCUUUAAACGUGGAGAAAUUAUUACCCCUGGAUUACGACAGCCACUAUUUAAGGUACUUCGGGUCGCUCACAACUCCUCCUUGCACUGAAAAUGUUAUCUGGACCAUUGCCAUUGGCACUAGUACGAUUUCUGAGAAACAGCUAAACGAGUUUCGCAACUUGCGCAUUGUCGAUGUAGCAGCAGAAGCAGCGGCGGCAGGCGAGACAACUGCAGCUCCGAAGAUGAUUAGCCAGAUGAAGUUGGACCCGCCGAAACUUGAUCACAAUUGGCGAUGGAUUCAAGACAAGAAGAAUAGGAAGGUCAGAUCUACAGUCACCCUCGACUCACAAAAGUUUCAAAAUUUGAAUCUCGUUAAUGGUAGAAAUGAUGGUAAUAAUAAUAAUCGGGCCCGUGGUUUCUCUGGUAGUUUGGUUAUUUUUGCCGUAUGCCAGCUCUUGUUUUGGUAAAAUAUAUCGGAAUUUAAAAAGACGACAAAGGAAUGGAUUUGAAUUAAUUUAAUUUGUGGUUUUAUAUGUUUUUAUAUGUUUUAUACACACAAACGUACACACCUAGAUAAAUGUACAUUAUAUAUAUAAACCGAUAUAUCCAUAUACAUACCGUUUUUAAAUUGAGAGCAUGUGAAAAGAGUUUUUUUUAAUCAAAUCCAUCCCUAGGUUGAAUUUUUAGCAAAUUUCCCGUCAAAUUUGAUUUCUGAUUAAUUGUAUGAAUGGAAUUAUAACAGCAACUCGUUCGUUUUAUAAACUCUAAUCAGUGUAUAGCAUAGUUAUUUUUACUAGGAAAGUUAUCUUUACCUCUUUAAAUAAUAAACCGUAUUUUUUUCAAUCUCAUUUAAUGAAAAUGAAACGCAAGUAGAAUUAUUCACCAAU